AUGUCAUUGCAGUUGUUAAAAGCGCUCUUCUAUCAGCGCAGCGCCAGAGGCCUUAUUUACCAGCUAACCAAAGCUACGUGGAGCGAGCACAUUGCCAGCAGGGCACACGCGAAAUUAUUUUUCUGCACAACCUCCUCCCACGCCGCCGCCUCUCCGACCCAGCCAAAGACUUGGGGCUCCAAGAAGCAGAACCGCAGCGUGAAACUACGAGCGAAGGCAGCAGAUUUCAUCAUGUCGAAUCCAGAGAUUGAAGCACAACUGGCGCCGCUGCGUGAGCGGGUGCAGGAGCAGGGAAACCUGGUGCGAUCGCUCAAAGAAGCCGGUGCCGCCGAGCUGGACGUCAAAAAGGCAGUGGCGGAGCUGAAGGCGAGAAAGAAGUUGCUCGAGGAUAAAGAGCUGGCCCUGACCCCCAGCGUGGUUAGCUUCGACCGAGCCAAAAUGGAAGAUCUGCUGAAGCGUCGCUUCUUCUACGACCAGAGCUUUGCCAUAUACGGCGGCAUCACCGGCCAGUACGACUUCGGACCCAUGGGCUGUGCCCUCAAGUCGAAUAUUUUGUCACUGUGGCGUCAGUACUUUGCCCUGGAAGAGCAGAUGCUGGAGGUUGACUGCUCAAUCCUCACCCCGGAGCCAGUUCUGAAAGCGUCUGGGCAUGUGGAGCGCUUUGCUGAUCUGAUGGUAAAGGACGUCAAGACCGGUGAAUGCUUCCGACUAGAUCAUCUCAUCAAGCAGGCCCUGGAGAAGCUAUCGAAGGCCAAGGAGGCCACCCCAGCGCUGCAGGCAGAGUGCGAGGACAUCAUCAUCAAGCUGGAUGGUCUCAACAAGCAAGAGCUGGCCGAUGUUCUGGCCAAGUACAGCAUUAAGUCGCCCCUCACUGGCAACGACCUGACCGAACCCAUCGAGUUCAACCUGAUGUUUGCAACCCAGAUCGGACCCACUGGCCUGGUGAAGGGCUUCCUCCGUCCUGAGACGGCCCAGGGUAUUUUUGUGAACUUCAAGCGCCUGCUGGAAUUCAACCAGGGCAAGCUGCCCUUCGCCGUGGCCCAGAUUGGCAACUCCUUCCGCAACGAAAUCUCCCCCAGGUCGGGUUUGAUACGUGUGCGGGAAUUUACCAUGGCGGAAAUCGAGCACUUCUGUGAUCCCACACAGAAGGACCAUCCCAAGUUCGGCAACGUGAAGGACGAGAAGAUGACUCUGUACUCGGCCUGCAACCAAAUGGACGGCAAGUCGGCUACGCAGCUUGCCAUUGGCGAAGCCGUCUCCGCCAAGCUGGUGGCCAACGAGACGUUGGGCUACUACAUGGCCCGCAUCCAACAGUUCCUGCUGGCCAUUGGCAUCAAGCCGGAAUGCCUGCGCUUCCGGCAGCACAUGAGCAACGAGAUGGCCCACUAUGCCUGCGACUGUUGGGACGCCGAGAUCCUCACCUCAUACGGCUGGGUGGAGUGUGUGGGCUGUGCGGACAGGAGUGCAUACGACCUGGGCCAGCAUACAGCUGCCACCGGUGUCCGGCUGGUGGCCGAGAAGCGUCUGCCGGCGCCCAAGACGGUGGAGGUCAGUGAGAUCGUCCCCAACAAGCAAGCGCUGGGCAAGACCUUUAAGAAGGAGGCCAAAACAAUAACAGAGGCCCUGGCUAAGUUGUCAUUGGAGGAGAUCAGCAGGGCGGAGCAAGAGCUCAACGCGAACGGACAGUACAAGCUGAUCCUGGCCGAUGGAAACACUCACGAGCUGGCCAAAGAUACCAUCAGCGUGAAGCAUUCUUCGAAAACGGUCCACGUGGAGGAGUUCAUCCCGAGUGUGGUAGAGCCGUCUUUCGGUAUCGGUCGGAUUAUGUAUGCUCUUUUGGAGCACAGCUUCCAGUGCCGCGAAGGCGAUGAUCAGCGCUGCUACUUCACCCUGCCACCGCUGGUGGCCCCUCUCAAGUGCUCGAUCCUGCCCUUGUCUAACAAUGCAGAAUUCCAGCCCUACACAAAGAAGCUCUCCUCGAGCUUCACCAAGGCCGAGCUGUCGCACAAGGUGGACGACUCGAGUGGCUCGAUCGGUCGGCGAUAUGCCCGCACAGACGAGAUUGCCAUACCCUACGGCAUCACCGUGGACUUUGAUACGCUGAAGGAACCCCACACGGUCACUCUUCGUGACCGCAACACAAUGAAGCAAGUGCGCGUGGGCCUGGAGCAGGUGGUCGGUGUUGUCAAGGACCUGGCCACGGCACGUACCAGCUGGGAGCAGGUUGUUGCGCAGUACCCAGUCUUCGAGCAGCAGGAGGCCACAAAGUAAAUCGGCGUCGCGAGAUUUCAAUGCCAUGCUUGACAUGCAUUUACAUUUACAGAAUAAUCCAUUUUCUAAUUAUUUUAUACGUACGAUUAUCGCAACACACCCCAAAGUGGGCUAUCAACCAACAAUAAAAUGCUUUGCACGCUA